AUGCCGUCCGAACGCCGAAAAAAGCGGAAAAGGCGCGACUCCGACGAUGAGGAGGAAGAGAGCCCGCUGUCGAACUGGAAACUCGGGAUGAUCGUCGCCGUGGUGGUGAUCUGCUUCGCGAUGCUGUACCCCACCGUCCUCCACCCACUCCUCAUGGGCACUUUUUCACGAUCUGAUGCCCCAAAACCCACUCAAUCACGACCCCCGAUGCACCCGGGGAUGGGGGCGCGGGCGAACGGUGGACCCGGCGGAGCUCAUCCGGCCAUGCGCAUGGCCGCCUCACACGCCGAAACGGCUAGUCAACAGAGUGGCGGUGGACGUGGGAUGUACUCGUGGUUGCUGCCGUUCUAUACCAUUGGGGUGGUAGUAUUCCUGCUCUAUACAUUGUUCAAGUCGAAAAGCAAAAAGAAGAAGAGUCGCCGCUCGCGCUAUGGAAGUGAGUCCGAGGAAUCGGAUGAGGACUACGUGAAAGGACUCGGAGGAGGCAAGGACAAAAAGAAAGUGCGCGGACUGCAAAAGCGUCUACGCGAGACGGAAGACGCCAUGUCUAAAAUCCUCGAACAGCUCGAACGCGUCCAAGGCGAGGGACUGGCCCUGGCUGAACAGGAAGAUGAAGCCGCCGACGGCAAGAAGAAGCCGUCCACCUCGAAGGCGGACGCCCAGAAGCCAUCUACCUCAAAGGGGGCCGACCCGGAUGCGUAUAUCGACGAUCUCGAGAGGGCGCUCGCUGAGUUUAAGAUCCUUUCGCAGCAGUACGACAAGGCGAAGAUCCAAAAAGCGAAAGGCGGUAGAAGAGCUGAAGAAUCAGAGCCCGAAGAUGAUGAGGAAGACGAGGUUGAUGACGUCGAGGGCGAGGAGGAUGAGGAGGAGGAAGAAGAUGAGCAAGAGGCCUCAACUUCGGAGGGCGAACGUGACUCGGAAAAAUCCGACGAACAUUCUGAAGUCGAGGACCAACCGCCGGCAGAAGAUGAACAUCCUGAAACCGAGCCCGACGAACCCACGCCGGCCCCCAAAUUACCCGAACCCCCGAAAGUAUCCAUCAUACCACCCAGGAAAACUGACGAAAAAGUACGCCGACGGAAGCAGCGCAAGGAU